AUGCGAUUCAGCUCGGUGGCCAGGCUGGCUUCGGCCGGGCUGGCAAGCAUUGUCGCGGCCGAGGACCUCCUCUUCUACAGCACCAUGGCUGACACCCAGGAGUACAUACAAGCAACGACUGUUCUUGGCCUGACAGCCCAUGUUGCAACCCCUGAAGAGUGGGCCAGCUAUACCACAGCUGAUUUCGAGAAGUACAAGGCCAUCGUGAUCCCGGAUCCCAUGUGUGGUACUGUCGACACGAUCGAUUUCUUCGACUCGACAAAGGCGACCUGGGGCCCUGCCGUGCAAGGGAACAUUAUCCUCAUCGGCACUGAUCCUACUUUCCACUCUUCGAGUCAGCCUGGCGCGCUGACUCUCAUCAACAACGCUCUUGGGUUUUCUGCCUCUGGCAACGGAACUGGCUUGUACUUUGCGCUGUCCUGCUACUAUGGCUCUGUCGACUCGGCGGCCGUCGAUUCCCUGUCCUACUUUGGCACCAUCACCGUUCGCGGGAAUUUGGCAUGCUACAAUGACGCGCACCUGGUCGCCGACUCGACGGCUCUGGGCACCCUCGAUGAUGCCGCCCUGAGUGACUGGUCCUGUAGUGUCCAUGAAGUCUUCUCGUCCUACCCCACCACGGGUCAGUAUGGGUUUGUGCCACUUGCUAUUGCACAGGAUGCCAUUGGGGAUGGACAGAAGGACUUCGCGGAUGGGUCAACCGGAAUUCCCUACAUCAUUGUCAAAGGGGCCACUCCGGAUGGCUGUGGCGAUGGUGUCUGGGACCCCACUCUGGAGGAGGAGUGUGAUGCCGGACCCUUGAACGGAACGCCUGCGAGCUCCUGCUCGUCGUCCUGCAAAUGCCUCAACGGGGCCGUUGUUCCGGGUGUGUGUCGGCCACCGGGCUCAAAUUCGACCUCCAGCUCGUCUCUGCCCACUCCGUCCUCUACAUCACUGCCUGCCCUCACAAAUUCAAGUUCGGUGGUGCCGUCGUCAACCUUCUCACCCAUAUCUGCGAACUCUAGCAUCGGCCACCAGCUCACUAUCCACGGGGACCGUCUCGUCCUCGGCGCCUAUUUCGCCCUCAGGUUCAUUCACGAACUCGAGCGUUCCACCGGCAUUGUCAUCGACGCCGAUUGCGCCAGGCCUGAACAGCUCAUCACCUGCUCUUUCGAGCAGCACGAGGCCAUCCGGGCUGUCCUCUUCCUCCGCGCCGAGCAACUCGACCAGCGUGCCGCCUACCGGAACAGUUCCGUCAACACCAGCAAGCCCGAGCACCGAGGGGAGCACCGUUUCCAGCCCGACUCCUCCCUUGGUCGUCUCUUCGUCCGCGGCAAGCUCAGGUUUGGUCCGUCCGACGACAUCGACACCACCUGCGCCGCCGCUCUCCAGUUCGUCUGCUGGGGCGUCUGUUCCGUUCACAAAUUCCAGUUCCACAGAAACUCUCAGCCCACCAUCGUCAACGCCCUUGCCGAGUACGGUUGA